AUGGCACGCGCUACCCCGACAGCCUCUCUGGCAGGCGACAAGCCCUUGCCGACCCGCCCCGGCACUUCAGGCACGGAGAACCUUCUUAGGACGAACCGCCGCCAAGCCUCAGACAAUUACCAGCGCGCCCAGCGUGCAGAGAGAACCUACCGGGCCAAGAAGCGCGCCACCGCCGCCCGCGCCGACCUCUCCGACGCAAAGACCCACUACGCCGAGUGCUUCAAGCACCUCACCCGCGGCCUGGCCGUCACCUUUAGCGCCGUCAAGUCUCUCCCGUACGUCUUUGACGAGAAGCAGGAGGCCGCCCGCCAGAAGGCCGAGGCCAAGAAGAAGCAGCGUGCCCUCGAGAAGAAGAAGAAGCUCGAGGAGAAGCUUGCGAGGGAGAACGCCGCUGCCGAAGGCGAGACCCCGGCUGAAGAUGCCGCCGCCGAGGAUGCUCCUGCCGAGGAGAACGCCGCAUGA